AUGCCCUCGGAGGAGCUGAUCCGCGCCAUGCUCUACGUGACCCUGACGGUGGUGGGCGUCCCCGGGAACCUGGCGGUGAUCGGGGCCUUCCUGCUGGCCCUGCACCGGGAGCGCCGCCUGCUCCCGGCCGACGCCAUCCUGCUGCACCUGGCCUCCGUCAACCUGCUGGUGGUGGGGGUGCGCUGCCUGCUGGAGACCCUCGCCUCCUUCCGCCUGGCCUCCGUGUUCGGCGACACGGGCUGCAAGUCGGUGAUCUUCGUGUACCGCACGGCGCGCUCCCUCUCCAUCUGGCUCACCUUCGUGCUCAGCGCCUACCAGUGCCUCAGCAUCGCGCCCCCGGGCUCGCGGUGGGCGGCGGCGCGCGCCCUGGCCGCCCGCUACAUGGCGGCCAUCUUCCUGGCGCUGUGGCUGGGCAACACCUGCAUGAGCUCGGCCGCGGUGCUCUUCUCCGUCGGCGCCGGCAACGGCUCCAGCCUGGGCAGCAACGGCAUCAACGUGCAGUUCUGCGUGGUGCGCUUCCCCACGCGGCUCUCCAAGGACGCCAACGGGGCGGUGCAGGUGGCCCGCGACGUGGUGCCCAUGGGCCUCAUGGCGUCGGCCAGCCUCGUCAUCCUGGUCUUCCUCUACAGGCACAGCCGCCAGGUGAAGGGGCUCCGCUCUGGCGGCGGCGGCGGCGGCGGUCGAGACGGGGCGGAGCGGCGAGCGGCGAAGGCGGUGGUGGCGCUGGUGACGCUGUACGUGGGGCUCUACGGUGUGGACAACGGCCUGUGGGUGCACACGCUGACGGUGAGGCGCACCAUGGGCUCCUCGCUGGUCUCGGACCUGAGGAUCUUCUGCUCGUCGCUGUACGCCGCCCUCAGCCCCGUGGUCAUCGUCGCCACCAACAGGAAGGUGCAGAGGAGGCUGAGGUGUGGCAGGGGGGAGAAGCACCGGGCGGAGAGCGCCACCGAGGCCACCGCCGUGUCCGCCAUGUGACUCCCGGUGGUUCGCCGGGUAAAGGGGCGGUCUAGUCGUGAGGGUCCCGGGUUUCAUCCCCCCCCCCCCCCCCCCCCCGGUGUCCACAGUCUACCUGUAGCGUUUUGGCGUCCCUGAGCGUGAGACCCUCAGCCCUAACCUUCUGAUUAAUGACCUGUUACAGAGUCGUCUUAUAACCUGCAAGACUGCUGAGAUUGUCCACCAUUGUUUUUCUUUGUUUUUCUACUUAGACAGGUGAUCAUCAUGUCCAGACAAAGGGAGUGGGAGCUGUCUCUACCCUCUGUCUUUAUGUCGGCUGUUACUGAUCAUAUCAUGAAUGGCACUGUGACAUUCAUGCAUGCAUUGUGAUUUUCACAUAAUUCCCAGGGUAGAACUACUCUUAACUAUUGAAGGCUGUUUCGGGAAACUUUAUCUGCAAUUACUGGUAACCUAUUUCACAGGUGGCUCAGCAGAUGCUUUCACCCAAAGUCUCAUUAGGUAGCGUAGGUAGGGUUUAGGCAUCUUGCACAAGGAUGGCCACAGCAUUGUGCAAGGCUGCAGGGUGAGGCUGUGUGCAUUGGGGAAUCAAACCUAGUACCUUUUAUACGCGCCCUGCAAGACACUAACCGCAACUACUCCGCAAUGUACUGAAUAUUUUCUUUUGUAUAUCAACAUGCAGACGAUGCUUUAUAACGCCUGGUACAGAGCUUGCUCAUACAUAUUGCAAAAAUCUACAUCCUAAUCUGCAACUAUUAUCCCUUUGUUUGUUCAUUCGUUAUUAUCCCGUCUUCUUAAUCGCCUGGAAGCAUUAGAAUUCAAAGUCUUGUGCCUCAAUAUAGCUGUCAAAUGUCUUCCUGCUGCCCAUUAACUUAUAAUUAAAGCUUUGAAUGGCAUCGGGGAAAUGUCCCACUCUAACGAGGCAGGUUAAUUACCCCAGAAUCUGGAAUUGAACCUGGUGGGGAAGAACCAGAAAUGUCUGUUUUGUAUGCUUGUGAGAAACACAUGAAAGGAUUUCCAUUAACUAUCCCUUUUCAGCAGGUGUGUGUGUGUGUGUGUGUGUGUGUGUGUGUGUGUGUGUGUGUGUGUGUGUGUGUGUGUGUGUGUGUGUGUGUGUGUGUGUGUGUGUGUGUGUGUGUGUGUGUGUGUGUGUGUGUGUGCGUGCGCGUGUGUGCGUGUGGACAUGUCUUGCAUUUCCAUUCCUCUCUAAAUGUCGGUAAAUAAUCAGACGUCAUUUUGAAUUCACCAAGGGAUUAGAUUCUAGACACGGAAAGGCGUGACACACACACACACACACACACACACACACACACACACACACACACACACACACACACACACACACACACAUAGGGAAAGAGGCAGCAGAAUGUGUGUGUGUGUGUGUCUGUUCUUGAGAAUGUGUGUGUGUGUGUGUGUGUGUGUGUGUGUGUGUGUGUGUGUGUGUGUGUGUGUGUGUGUGUGUGUGUGUGUGUGUGUGUGUGUGUGUGUGUGAGCAUGUGGGUGUGCGGGUC